CAGAAGCGUUUUCCGCAAUCCUCCGCUACUCGCGAAAGUUACAAACGAAAACUUUGCAUUCUGCCUCAUCCGGCUGGCAGGCCCUGCACCGGCCUUAUGCAUAAGUGUGGAGCCGGGUCCGGCCAAACAGUGGCGAGAUCAAAGCAAAGGAAAAGGAGCCAGACCCCAACUGCCCCGAUCUGCAAAGUGCUCGAUGAGAAAUAAAAGAGGAGGGGGAUCUCUUGGUAAGGACUGCGGGCAACUUGAACUGCUCUGAGCCAUUCGGAGCCACUCCACUAGGGGGUCUGGAGACUGGAGAUUUGCUUUGAAGAAUCUGGGCCGAUCACUUCCACAAUGACUCUGGGUGCCGAUAUGUCUGAUCAUUCUCUGCUCUCCGAAGAUACGGACAUUGAUGUGGUCGGUGAUAUGAACGGAAAAGACAGCAAAUACGGCAGUUUUCACUCGGACAAUGAUUCCGAUGAUAACCUGAGCAGAAACGUUUCUGAGAAUGUGGAAUCUCCGGACUUGUCCGGACGAUCUGACCCAAGUCCAACGCGGGCAAGUGACAAGCCGUGUAAAAGUACUCUGGUGAAGCCUCCUUACUCUUACAUCGCCCUGAUUACCAUGGCCAUUCUCCAGAGUCCAAAAAAGAGACUGACCCUGAGUGAGAUCUGUGAGUUUAUCAGUAAUCGCUUCCCCUACUACAGAGAAAAGUUUCCUGCCUGGCAGAACUCCAUACGACACAAUCUUUCCCUGAACGACUGCUUCGUGAAAAUCCCCCGGGAGCCCGGGAACCCUGGCAAAGGUAAUUACUGGACCCUGGACCCCGAUUCCGCAGACAUGUUUGACAACGGCAGCUUUCUCCGCAGGAGGAAACGGUUCAAAAGGCAACAACCGUCCGAGAUCUUAAGGGAUCACAGCAGUUUCCUGCCAAACUUUGGAUAUGGACCUUAUGGCUGCGGCUAUGGCAUCCAGUUGCAGAAUUUCCAUCAUGCCCAUCACCAUGCCAGCCCCAGCACUUUCCCAUUCCAGUCCCCACAUUGCGCAGUGCCAUCUCCAGCCUCAAUGUUUCCAACUCCAGCCAUCCCCUCGCUUUUGCACGGCGGCGAGCUAACCAGGAAAUCUUUCUACCCACAGUUGAGUCCCACUCUACCCAAUCUGCAAGGACUGAAAGCCGACCCGAGCCAGUCCAGGCCUUCCUUCUCCAUAGACAAUAUCAUAGGGGCUGCUCCUUCAAAUGCUCCCGGGUCGCCCUAUUCAGGCCCAGCUGGAAGCCAAGCCCAGGUAUUGGCAAUGUUAACCCCGGCACUGACACAGGCCCAGACCCCACUGAACUUAACGCACGAAAAUGUUCUACAGACUGGACAGAACUUUUCAAGCAAACUCACAAAUCUUAACACCUGUCACUAUUAAAUUUUUCGUCCCAUGGCAGAUAUAAGAAAGAUGUACAGCUCACCCACUUCACGCCUGCUGUCCCGUUGGUUGUGCAUCGAUCUAUUUUAUGAGGGAUGUCUGUGAAUAAUCGUACUGUUUGUUUCAAAAUGUCCAUCCGGUCUUUUGGUGUAAAUUAAUAAAUGUUUUAAACUCUGAAA